UUGAAAAAUGUCAUCGAUUGAAUCAGAUGUUAUAAAUCGUUUAAUGAAAAUUAACAGGUUUAUAACCUUACCUAAAACUGAAAAAGCAUCUAAAACAGAUGAUUUCAAUAAUAUAACAAAAUUUUUUAUUGAUAAAUUAAAAAAUUAUGAUCCUGCUUUUAAUAAACUUUAUAAAGGACAUCGUUUGGCUGGUAGCUAUGCUGACAAAUUAAAAAUUGGUGAAGCUGAUGAAUUUGAUUUAAUUAUUAAAUUAAAAAUAGAUAGUGCAUACGAUAUUGAAGUUACAGAAGAUCCUGAUUUUCCAGGUUAUUGUAAUAUUAAUUUAAAAGAUAUGAUGUUAAAAUUAAAGGAGAAAUGUGAAAAAGAAGAAGCUAAAAUUUGGUAUUAUAAACAUUUCGAAAGUUUAAUAGAUGAAAAUAGUUAUUUAAUUCAAGAUAAAGUCCAUGAAUGGAUUGAAAGAUUAAUGGCUAAUAUAUUAUAUGAAGAUUUAAAAGAUGGUGAAUUAAAAAUAAAUGAAAAUACAAUUUAUUCAAUAAAAUAUUCUACAUCUGGUCCAGCUCAUACAAUAAAUUUAAUACGUACUGAUAGAAAAUUAAUAUCAAUUGAUUUAGUACCAGCAUUUAUAUUUGAUGAAACAAAAUGGGUAGUAGAACGUAAUCUACCAUCAACAUUAGCUAAUAUAAUUCCAAAAGAAGAUUUAUAUUGGAUUGCAUUACCGAAACCUAUUAAAGGAAAACCUAAACCAAAUAAAAGUUUUUUAACAUCAUUUGUUGAUAUUGAAAGGCAUUUAAUUUCGGAUCGAAAUAAUUUAAAAAAUACAUUGAAAAUGUUAAAAAAAUUACGUGAUCGAAAAAAACUUGAUUAUUUAAAAAGUUAUUUUAUUAAAACUGUUUAUCUAUGGGAAAAUGAUAUACAAGAUCGAAAAUUUUGGGAUCAAUCAUCAUUUGAAGUAUUGAAACAUAUGAUUUUAAAAAUUAUUGAACAUUUGAAAAAUAAAAAUUUACCAUAUUUUUGGCAUAAAGAACAAAACAUGUUUGGAAAUUUAUCCGAAGAUGAUAUAAAACAUAUGUUGAGUGAAUUAAAUGAAGCAUAUGAUAUAUUAAUAAAUCAACCAAAUGAAAUUUUUAAUUUGUUUCUUACAUAUGCUGAACAAUUGAAACUUGAAGAAGAUCUUGCAAAUUUUAAUUGUAAUGCAAUUCAAUUGAAUUCAAAUCCAAUUGUAAUUGAAAACACCAACAACGAACCGUUGGCUUCAUCAUCUGAAGAAAACAGAUCGCAUUCUCAUAUACCUUUAUGUUCUUUUGAUACACCAAAUGGUUUUCUACUUUUAAAUCCAUUUACUAUAUUUACUAAACCUUAUGCACUUUUACCAAGGAGAUUUUAA